GCGCAAAGGCACAGCUGGACUGUUGGAUAAGUAGACUGGACCCCACUGGAUACUUUAGCUUGCACCGGCAUAGUCUCUGGCGGUGGAAAUUCCAAGGUUGGAUUAGUUAGACUACAACAAAUAACCUAAAGAUGAACAGUGUGGCAGAUUGGCUCCUACAGAACAGGGGCAAGAUUGAGAAAGGCGUGGAGAUCAUGGGGCAAGCCUCUGAAGUGCUUGCAGCCACUGUAGGCCAACUUCACCCGGUCUUGGAGGCUGUGUUUGUUGCCUCUGCCGAAAUCCUCAGCAACCCGGAGGGGAAGGAGGCACGCUACCUGACGGAGCAAUUUGACCUGGUCAACCAGAAACUUGAGGGAAUCCAAGAUGAGAUAGAUAAAAUUGGCCUGGAGUUGCAGAGAACAUCUAUGAACAAGCAGAACUUUGAUCGAGAAGCCCAGAUGCUCACCCAGUAUGAAAAGUUCCAGGAUUUUGUCAAUGCUAAGCCAAAGUUCAAAGAGAAGAAGAUGGAGAAGUUCCUCAGCCAGUACGAGAACACAGAUGGCGACUUGAACUUGGACGCCCUCUACAAUGCUGUCACUGGGGAGAACACCUCAGGAGAUCCCAUGCUGGAUACUGUAGUCGCCAUAGAGCAGAGAAGCAGAAGGGCAGUUGAGGAUUUCUGUGCCCGGCUGAAGAAGCUUUUUGUGGUGGGCAUUAUUGCUGUUAUGGGCUAUGCCGCCCUCAAAGAAGGGGUCGUGGGGGAGGAGAUGGUCAAGAAGUGGCAGGACCGAAUGGAGGAUGUGGAGAAACGAAUGAAAGCUGCAGUUGACGACUGCACAGAGAACUUUGCUGAUCAGGCCAAACUGGACAUGGAGCACCAGGUUCAGGAGAAACCCGGCAGCGUCGACCUUGACUACACCAAAUCCCUUUUGGAUUCACUUGUUAAGAAAUACGAUUGGGUGAACUGGUCCAUCAGGGUCUUCAAUGACAAGGAGCGCAUUUUCUUUUUCAACUGGCUGGCAGGGAAAAAGUACCACGGAAGUGGAGGCGGCGUUAACUACUUUGACAUUUUGACCAAGAACAACAUCAAAGUGGUGAUCUCGUUUUGUGUUAACCCCAAGCCUAUUAACAAGAGUCAGAUCCAAGAGGAGAUUGAGAAGCAGAAGCUGAAGGGAAACAUGAUGGAUGUGGCACAGUCUUUGAGCAGGAGGUUCCCGAGCUGCCUGGUCCAUGCUGUCAGCCAUUACAAGGAGGUGGUGGAGGCCAACAACUUCCUUGAGGAUUGUUACUACUAUGGAAAACACAAGAGAGCCUACUUAUGUAUCCACCCUGAGUAAUCUUACGACAACAUAGAAUAAAACAUAUGCAUAUGAGGAGAACCAGCUCCAAAUACAAUUCAUGAAUGUUUUUCUUUCGUUUUUUUUUUUUUACCAGAGUCCUAUAGAGAUGUCUUCAUUGUAAAAGUGAUUAUUGAUAAAUACAAUCAUUGCUCAUAAUCUGCUUUGCUUGGGGUCUGGAACGUGAAUCGCUUCACUUGCAUUGACUUUUAUCCUUCAACAGAAUGUGUUCCUGUUCUCUGUGGAUAAGACACAGUAUUUGCCUUGACAGCUUUGGAUUUAUCUACAGGUGUUUAGUGUGCCAUAGAAGUUUCACUAAUGUGGCAUUCCAGCUUUUUCAGAGCCAUACAUAUCCAUGCCAGCUUCAACUUAAAUGUGUUAUGGAAAACAUAGAAUGACUUUCCACCCACUGGGUAUUACAGUAUAUAUAUAUAUAUAAAAAAAACUUCCACUCCAAACAUGCUGUUGUGGGUGCAAUAGAUUACUGCAGGGUUAUAAUCUCUUUAGUCCACUUUUUUUAAUGACUGUUUAUUUUCAUUUGUAAUAAAUCAAAUAUGAAUGAU